AUGGCGGGGCUGUCCAGCCUUCCCAACGUAACGUGUCUGGAACUGGAUGUGACAUCGCAGUCGAGCAUCGACAAUGCAGUUGCAACUGUCCGAGAGACAGCAGGAGGACGUUUGGACGGCCUGGUUAACAAUGCUGGUGCGGCAAUCAUGGGACCUGCGAUCGACACUGAUAUGCUGCAAGCUCGGCGAUUAUUCGAUGUGAACUACUGGGGCAUGGUUGCCAUGACGAAGGCGUUUGCUGAGAUGCUCAUCGCAGCGCAGGGGGCGGUAGUGAACAUAGGCUCCAUUUCGGGAGUAUUGAAUGCGCCUUUUACCAGCAUGUACGCGGCGUCCAAGUCAGCAACCCUGACCUACAGUGAAACAUUGCGUCUGGAGUUUGCCCCGUUCAAAGUCAAAGUGCUGACUGUGGUGGCCGGCGUUGUCAAGAGUCAUAUCGGCGACAACACGCACGUCAGUAUUCCCCAGGAAUCGCUUUACCGGGACGCGAAGGAGGCGCUGGAUGAGCGGGUGAAGAAUGCCGGAGCGUCAGUACAGGUGACGGCGGAGCGCUUUGCUGAACAGCUUGUUCGUGCGGUGGAACUUGGGCAAAGCGGGCAGAUAUGGAUUGGUGGCAGUGCUGGGACGGUCAAGAUGAUGAGGAACUUACUCCCUGCGAGUAUUCUGGAUCGACUUGUCUCACAGGGAACAGGACUGGAAAAGGUGAAGAAGGAUUAG